ACACUCUGUCUGUCUGUUUCACCAUGGCAACUGGAAGGCCCCCCUCCUGUACAGGAACAUGGAGUGGCUGCAGGGUGGCCACAGCUGUCAGCGAGUCAUCGUCCAUACACAGUGAUGCCCUGUUCGACCCGGGGCCUGAUACUCCUGAUCUGGGUCUGGUUCGGGACAUCUCUCUGGACUCUACAGGUCCUGGUCUGGACAUCUCUCUGGACUCUACAGGUCCUGGUCUGGGUCAGAACAUCUCUCUGGGCUCUACAGGUCCUGGUCUGGGCAUCUCUCUGGACUCUACAGGUCCUGGUCUGGGCCAGAACAUCUCUCUGGACUCUACAGGUCCUGGUCUGGGUCAGAACAUCUCUCUGGGCUCUACAGGUCCUGAUCUGGGACUGGUUCGGGACAUCUCUCUGGACUCUACAGGUCCUGGUCUGGGUCAGAACAUCUCUCUGGGCUCUACAGGUCCUGGUCUGGACCGGAAGAUCUCUCUGGGCUCUACAGGUCCUGGUCUGGACCGGAACAUCUCUCUGGCCUCUACAGGUCCUGGUCUGGGUCAGAACAUCUCUCUGGGCUCUACAGGUCCUGGUCUGGGUCAGAACAUCCCUCUGGGCUCUACAGGUCCUGGUCUGAGUCGGGACAUAGACUCCCUACAGGAGCGGACACAUACAGUAUGGACAUGA